AUGCAAACACCAAACCAAACACAACAUGAGCGACGAAGACUUUCUACACAACUCAAACGAAGCAAUCAUCUCUACAGACUUCGAAACUCUCAUCAAACGCGUUUCGCGCGAGCACAACGAUAUCAUGGCGAAAUGCAAGGAGGAGAGACGCGAAGACGCCAUCGCCUUGGCUUCCGAACACGCGAGGGACUCAUGGACGGUCGGCGAAAAGGCGGCGGCAAUUGACGCAGCUGCACACCACGACCCGCAAAUGGUACAAAUCUCAAACCACGGGGCCUGGCGCGAAUCAAAGCGAGCUCUGGAGGUCAUUUUCCCAAUCGUCAAGAAAUAUGCUUCGUAUAGGGAAGCCCGGAAAGCGGGCGCGUACGUCGUUUGGCCUCGUAUAGACCAAGUUAAAGCAGUAUACCUCAUGUGCGAGGGCACGCUGCGGGUCGCCUACUCAACGGCGCUCGACGCCGCGAAGUUGAACGCUAUGCUGGAUGAUAAUGGUCGCCGCAAAUACGAUAAGUGGUGGGAUGAAAAAUGGCAGCUCGAAGAUAUCACUGCGAUCGACAAAGGUUCAUACAAGCCCGACGAGCCGCACACCCUGAGCAUGAAGGAGCGAAGCCCGAAACCAGUCCUAUUGCAGAUUGAGAAAGUCUUGACUACCUCGAAGAAGACCGAACUAUCGCCUCUAUUUGGUACGAAACCGUCGCCUUUAUUUACCCCGCCCGACAGACAAGUUACCAAGAACCCGACACCUCCAAAGAACCCACUGUUCAUGCCGCCACCCAAAAAGCGCGUCACUAUCGCUUCCGAGGACGGGAUGAUUGGGUAUCAGAAGAAACCGCGCGCCCACGACGAGGACGGCAAAGGAACUAUCAAUCGCCUCGAAAACGAGAUCAGAGACCUGAAGAAACGAGCAGACGAGGAGGAGGAGGAGCGUCGGCAAUUGUCUGACGAGAUUCGUUCUAUCAAGGACGAAAUGGCGAAACAGAAGAAAAAUACGGAGCAUUUGAAGAUAUUGGGAGAGAAGCUCCUCCUCCGAGCAAACAGUCUGUCGGCCAGCUUGACCAAUAUUACCCUCCUCGGACACGCAAAUGCGGUUGACCCUCAGCAGUUGCUGAGCGAGAUCGGACAGGCUAUCGAACGAGGCAGGAAUGACGAUUUUGACUACCAAGAGUACGAGGCAAGCCUACAGCGAUACGAAUGGAAGGUGCCCGAGGAAAGCACAAACUGGAUGAUUCCGUACAAGGUGGAAAACGAGGAGGGAGCCGACGAGGCCAUUGUUCGAGCAGAUAAGUUGUUCGUGAUCCCAACCAUCGGACCACUCCAGGGACGAGAAGUGUUCAUCGGCAAUUUGAACGACCUACCAAAGGAGAACGCCCAGAAACUUGGACUGAUUAAGGUUGACGGACAUUGGACUAAGAAUAACUAGAGUGCCAUCGGGACGAUAGUAAUUACGAAGGGGGUAUUGUUGGCGAACAAGGCUGCUUGCACAGCAAUUACGUGAUACUAGUACAAGCGCUGGCUCGUACUUGGUACAAGCCGCGCACACGAUAGCUAGUAUUAGUUCAAUCAAGCCUUCUUCACCAUCUUUAUCUGCCGCCUAAUAGGGGCGUUGGAACGUAUGUUGAAGGCUUUUGUGGCUUUCUUGGUGGUUGGAUUGUUGGGGAUCGCUGUUGCUUG